UUUUUUUAACAGUUUCAAUCUCCCCGUCUCUUAACAUCAUUCCAGAAGUGACUGGCGAAAGUCAAGAAGUUCUCUGAGCUCUCUACUCUAUUUGACUAUUUAUCUCUCCAAGGCUAUUGCCACCAAAGCCUAAAGCUGUGGUGUAUUGGUUCUCUUUCCCAAUGUUUACAUCAGCUAAACAUCAAAGAAACCAUAGAGUCUCUGCUCCAAACAAGAACAAGACUCUCAACAGAGUUUCUUCUAUUUCAUCCUCAUCAUCUCCUUUACACUCACAAGAUUCUCAAUCUCUUAAGAGAUCUCUAGUCACCAUGGAAAAAGUCUGGAACGACAUCAGCCUUGCUUCCAUCCACCACGUUAACCGCCACAGCCAACAUCAACAACACAACCAUGAGCCAAGGUUCAGUACUCUCAACCACCAGAACAAAAACCCUAACUCUAUCUUCCAAGAUUUUCUCAACAGACCUUUGAAUCAGGAGCCAGCCAUACCCACAAGCCUCACCAUGGGUUCUUCCUCUAAUGGCCAUAGCACCACUGUCACUGCUCUCUUCAGCAGCUCUCCUUUGGCACCUCCUGCAACUGUUCUGAGCUUGAACUCCGGCGCCGGCUUCGAGUUUCUUGAUAACCAAAAUCCUCUUGUUACCCCUAACUCCAAUCUGCAUAGCUACAAUCACCUCACAAACGUUGCUUCAUUGGACACCCCUUUUGAGGCUUUAGUUACAUCGACUUGUAAUAAAAGAAGCCAAGAGUCCAAUGGAGGUUCAGGGAAUAGACAUCAUAAGCGUAUGAUCAAGAACAGAGAAUCUGCGGCUCGUUCCAGAGCUAGGAAACAGGCUUAUACAAACGAGUUAGAGCUUAAAGUUGCUCAGCUGAAAGCAGAAAAUGCAAGACUCAAGAGACAACAAGAUCAGUUAAAAAUGGCAGCAGCAAAUCAGCAACCCAAAAAGAACACACUUCAAAGGUCCUCCACAGCUCCAUUUUGAGAAAUCUACAAGUCCUUAUUUCUCUUUUGGGGAUUGAGAGUCUUUCAUGAAGAAGUGAAAAAAUGGAAAAGUUUGUACCUCUUUUUAUUAGCUAUAAGUAAAACUAAGCUAGAUUUGUAAACCUAAGAUAUUGCAGGGUAAGAAGAAGAAAAAAAAAAGAAAACAGAAAGAGGAAAAGAUCUUUCCAUUUCCUAAAGCACAGGAACACCUGUCUUGGGCCUCUCUCCUCUUGUUCUGUCAUUUUCUUAUGUACUAACUUCUAUUCUUGUAAUAAUGCUACUUCCUUUGACCAAAAAAAAAGAAGUAAUAAUGCUACUUCCUCUUCUA